AUGUUGGAUCAGUCUGUGCGGGCCACUUUGAGAGGGGGCAAAUGGAAGUCGUACGAAACGCAACUGAUCCAACUAAACAUUCCCACAAUUCGACUGCUGAUUUACUUCGCUUGGCUCGCCUAUCCAUACUGUCAUUUAUAUUGCAGUCCAACUCCGCAGGUACGCGAACUCGUGCAAGAGUUCACGGUCAAAGCGAACGCAUUCGGUGGCAGCAUGCCAGCUGCAAGUUUAAAGGAUUUUCUUCAGCAAUAUGGAAUUCGAAGUCAAACUGCCAAAAAAAUUCUGAAAAUUUGUGACGCUAACCAUGAUCGAGCCUUGUCGGUGGAGGAAUUUAAUACUCUUCUGAACCUGGCUCCAGGAGGUGACCUGAGCGAUCCUGGCUUACCAGCAAUAAUAGGCGAAAAAUACAAGAAUGUCCGCCGCACUCACCAAACACAUUUGCAUACGAAACGAUGA